AUGCACUAUGGUUCUCAAGAUGAUCUUUCAUUUCUGAAAGCAUUUGCUACUAAUUAUACUAAUAUGUUUGAUGUCAUCAUUGAUGACGGUGGUCACCGAGUGAAGCAACAGAUCAAUAGUCUUACAGAGCUCUUUCCUACCAUUCUUCGCUCCGGUGGUAUUUAUGCUAUUGAAGAUAUUUAUACAAGUUAUGUAGCUUGGUAUGGCGGUCGAUAUUUAAAAUCAUCAACAUUGAUCGAAUUUCUCAAACGUCUUGUUGACGAUAUUCAAUCAUAUUCACCAACUUAUAAGAAUAGUACUCUCGGACCACUUAUCAAAGAAAAUAUUAUUAAUAUGGCGAUAAGAAAUUCAAAUUUCUUUUUAUUAAUUCUAUUAUUAUUAUCAAUCAAUGCAUUUAAUCUACCAGGAUUGUCACCUAAUGAAUACUGUCAAUUUCCAUUGCCAGGAUUAAAAUGCAAAACUCAAGUUGAAGUAUAUGUCAAUCGUCUAAAUUCAUUUGAAUCUGUAUUAUCACAUGAAUAUUCUUAUUUUCCUUUCUGUACUGUCAAUGAUGAACCAUCACCAAUUGAAAAUCUUGGUCAAGUUCUCAUUGGUGAACGAAUACAACCAUCACCAUAUAAAUUUGAUUUUCUUACAGAUUAUUACUGUCGUUAUGUAUGCACAAAGAAAUUUACAUCAACUGAUACUAAUCAACAAGAAAAGCUUAAACGUUUAAUGAAAGGAAUAAUUUUAAAUUAUCAACAAUACUGGAUACUUGAUAAUAUGCCUAUUACAUUAUGUUAUAAAAAUACUGAAAAUCUAGAAUUUUGUUCUCGUAAUUUUCCAAUUGGCUGUUAUGUAAGUAAAAGUGGUCAAACAAAAGAAUCGUGUAACAUUCGUGAUGGAAAAAAUGAUACAUUUUAUAUAUUUAAUCAUUUGGAUUUUGAAAUAACUUAUCAUAAUGAACUAGGUGAAACAUGGAGAAGUACAUUUGGCGAAGAUAGUAGUCGAAUUAUUUCAGCGAAAAUACAAGCUAAUAGUCUCAAUUCAAAUAGAUGUGAUCGUACUACUGGACCAGUUAUGUUUCAAUCGACAAGCAAAGAUAUUGAAAUUCCAUUUACAUACAGUGUAAAAUUUAUAAAAAAUAAUGAAAUACGUUGGGCUAGUCGAUGGGAUUAUAUACUUAAAUCAUUACCACAAACACAUAUUCAAUGGUUUUCAAUUUUAAAUUCGCUUGUUAUUGUCUUAUUUCUUUCGGGUUUAGUUGCUAUUAUUCUUUUACGUACAUUAUGUAAAAAUAAUCCUCGUUGUAUUCGAAUGGUUGGUACUGGUACUGAAAAAGAACAAUUCGGAUGGAAACAGCGUCCAUUGGAUAAUCAACCAAGUGGUUCUACCGUUCAAGUUCAAAUCCAUCAACGAUACUUUUGGAAUCGUAACUGGGGCUCGUUUAGCAGCCUUUGUACCGAGAAUGACGUCAUCAGUAAAACAUCAAUACCUGUUAAUAAUAAAGUAUACUGUUAUGUAAACUGCUCCAGUUCAACGUUCCCUUCAGCUGGUAUAUCAACAGUUAUGACCAGCACUGAUUGUGAUACAAAUCUGUUGGUUCGAUCAUGGGCUGGUGAACGCUAUGAUACACUCACAUUACCAUUAACAACAUCUAUUACAAUCGGUUAUACGAGCAGCGCAUGGUUUGGACCGAAUUUGUAUCCAGCAGCAGGUGGUACUUGGGCUGUAAUGAAUCGAAUAAAUCUGGCAGUAAGACCCGAUGGGUAUAUAAAUAGCAGUCCAGUAACCAAUACAUUACCUGUUCUUUUCAAACCUGUGGGACAACAGUUAGUACAUAUUGUACAGAUGUCGGAUAAUGAUGGCACUGAUAUUCUCAAAUGUCGUUGGUCAAAUUCAAAUUCAGGCACAAACUACAAUCGUAAAGAUGAAUGUGAAGACGCUUGUGUGGGAUUGAAUGGGAUUUCGACACUUUACGAAGAAAAUUGUACGAUAGUAUUUACAUUACCUACUACUCGUAUUGGAUGGUAUUAUGUUAUCGCAUUGCAAAUUGAAGAUUACUAUGACUCGUCGUCCCCUGCUCCAAUGAGUUCUGUACCUAUCCAAUUUCUUUUUUAUGCCUAUUCAUCAUCUAGUAGUUGUACAACGAGACCACAAAUUAUCGGUGAACGACCAAAUCGUGCUUGUAUUGGAACACCAAUCAACGUAACACUUACUGAACGGGUCAUUGCACAAUCUUUCUGUAGUGGAGCGACUAUUAGUAAUUAUGUAACAAGUUCACCUAUUGGAAUGCGACAUAGUACGGUUGUCAGUCAAGGAGGUGGACUUUAUGUUAUGACACUUACUUGGACUCCAACAGAUAACCAAUAUGGUCCACAAGGUUUUUGUGCUGGUGCUGUUGAUAGCAGUAAUUUACAAUCAGAUGCUUGGUGUAUCACCUAUUUAGUAGGAUUUGACUCACCGAAUCUCAUCCGAGCAACAGUUGUUCAAGGCACUGCUUCACCAAUUGGAACUAUAUUUUCAAAUCACUCAAUAUUUUCUAUACAAGCAACUCGUGAUGUUCAUCGUCCGACUCGAAAUGGAACCUACGUUAAGUUUAUGGACGCUACAACUAACACAUCAGUACAAACAUUUGAUGCUGGAUGGCAAUCAAAUAUAUUGUAUACUGGAAAUACAAUCAUUAUCAUAACGAAUUAUACGUGGAUUCCAGGACGUCGUUAUUAUGUUCUUUUUGAUAGUGGUAAAUAUACAAAUAUAUAUAGCUGAAAACUUUUUUUCAUACGGUAAUUUUAUCUUUUUCCAGGAGUAGCGAGUGGAGUCGAAUUUUGUGGUACGUUCUUCCUUUUUUUU